CUCCCUCUCUCUCUCUCCAUCUCGAGCUCUCUUCAUCUCGGGCUCUCUCUCCGUCACGAGCUGUCUCCAUCUCAGGCUCUCUGGCUCUCUCUCCGUCACGAUCUGUCUCCAUCUCGGGCUGUCUCUCUUCUCCGAAGAAAACCCAUCUCCGAUCUCAUCUCGAAGCUCUCUUCUCCGAGCUCAUCUCAUCUCCAAGCUCUCUCUUCUCCUUUUCUCGUUGAGGCUCUCUCAUCUCAGGCUUGCUCAGACCUAGUGGAAAAGACUCAGAUCUUCUCAAGCUCACUCUCUCAAGCUCAGACCCUCUCAAACUCACUCUCUACCGCUGUUCCUCUCACUUCUUAAGAUGUCGACGUCAAAAGAUAAUUGGAAACCUGAGGAAACUAGGUAUUUUUUCCAACUCUACGCGGAAGAGAGAAGAAAAGGAAAUAAGGUUGGUCAGCAAAUGAAUAAAGUAGGAAAAAAUAACAUCAUGGAUGCAUUUGAGCUGAGGUUUAAGAAGGGAUUUUCCGAUUGGAAGAGAGACUACAAGAACAAGUACGACAGCAGCAGAAAAAAAUACAUCAGGAUUAAGAUGCUGACUCAGAACAGGACAGGGCUUGGGUAUGAUGACAUGGGAAGGAUCGACAUGUCAGAUGAUUGGUGGAAAGAGCGCGAAAGGGAGUGUCCAGGAAUUAGAAAAGCCUUCUGCAAAGAAAUUGAUAACAUGGAUAUGUUUGAAGCAGAAUUUGGUGGUGUAGUAGUUACUGGAGCAGAAGGUUGGAGUGCUCAACAUGGAGAAGCAAGCUUGAAUUCGAGAGUUGGUGGAGAUAUUGCUGAGGAUGAAGCUGAUUCUCAGCCAGCAGCGGAGACAGAAACCCAGGGCCAAGCUCCUCGCCAAACUCAACCAGCGGCUCAGACUCAUUCUGGAGGUUCAAGAGCAAAACGAAGGCGUAAGGAGAAAGAUGUGGCUGUGGAGGCUUGUGAAAAAAGGACUGCUGCUCUUGAAGUGAAGAAUAUGCUAGCAAAACAAUUGAUGGAGCGUGAACAACCAUUCAGUGUUGAGACCGUAUUGGAGAUGUUGUAUGCUCUCCCUGAAGUGAGAGAGUGGUCGCCUUUAUAUGAAGCAUCGAUUGAGCUUCUGAUAGAUAGUGAAGGGAGCCGAAGGGGAUUCAUAACGAUGAAGACAGAUGAAGCGAAGACUAAGUUUCUGGAGCUUAGGACCAAGAUAAAACGUGAUGAGUGACUAGUUAGUGAAUUGGAACUAGUAGAUUCACUAGUUUAUGUUGAGUAGGAACUUAAGUUUGGUACUGCUUUAUGUUAUGAAACUUAAGUAGUGGAUUCCUUUCAUCACGCUGAGCAGAAACUUUGGUACUUUUUUAUGUUGUGUCUUGUCUUUUUUUUUGUUAAUAACAGGAUCAACUUUAUUGCUGUGUAAUAACAAUGUUGUGUCUUGUCUUUUUUUGUUAA